CUUCCGUCGCGUUCUGUUCGUCUCGUUCGACCGACUCGUUUUCUCUCUCUCUCGAGUCACGGGAGGGAGGGAGGGAGGGGAGGGAGCUGCUGCAGCCCGCCGCGUCGCGUCGCGCCGCGCCGUCAUUGCCGCCGCCGCCUGCAGCCGCGAGAGCCGUCGCGAAACGCCACGAGACAAAAGUGCCUUCUUCCUACGCCGCGCGUACUACACAGCCGACGAGAUGGCGGACGACAGCCACGAGAACGGCACCAGUAACGGCGACGUGCCGGAGAUCGAGCUGAUCAUCAAGGCAUCGACGAUCGAUGGACGUCGAAAAGGCGCCUGCCUGUUCUGCCAGGAGUACUUCAUGGACUUGUACCUAUUAGCGGAGCUCAAGACGAUUUCGCUGAAGGUGACCACCGUAGACAUGCAGAAGCCGCCUCCCGAUUUCCGCACCAACUUCCAGGCCACACCGCCGCCGAUCCUGAUCGACAACGGCGACGCGAUACUGGAGAACGAGAAAAUCGAACGGCACAUCAUGAAGAACAUACCCGGCGGGCACAAUCUGUUCGUACAGGAUAAGGAAGUAGCCACUCUCGUGGAGAACUUGUUCAGUAAACUCAAGCUACUGCUGCUGAACGCAAAGGACAAGGAUAGGGAUCCUAAGUCAUCGUCACUGAUGGCGCAUCUGCGCAAGAUCGACGAACAUCUGGGCCGUAAGGGCACGCGCUUCCUUACCGGUGAUACCAUGUGCUGCUUCGACUGCGAACUGAUGCCGCGGCUGCAGCACAUCAGGGUUGCCGGCAAGUACUUCGCAGACUUUGAGAUACCGGAGACCCUGGUGCACCUCUGGCGGUACAUGCAUCAUAUGUACAGGCUCGACGCUUUCCUGCAGAGCUGUCCAGCUGAUCAGGAUAUCAUUAACCACUAUAAACUGCAACAGAGUAUGAAGAUGAAGAAGCACGAGGAGCUGGAGACGCCAACCUUCACCACAAGUAUCCCGAUCGAGGUCAACGACGACUAGGCAUACCGCGCGAGCGCACGUGCGGACCUUCCUCCGAAGUUGAGUCUGCGAUCGCGUGACUUCGAUUAGACAUCGAGAUCGGCCGGCCUAACGAGACGAAUCGACGUCCCUAAAGCGGAGUUUCAACGGCACGCCUUUUUGUAAUUUAAUAUCUAGCAGCAACGAAAACGAUCGACCAUUGGGACUCCUGUCUUUCUCAGCUGCCAAGCUCGUAGUCGUCGCCACGUCAUUGAUCGGUUCAUAUUUUCUACUAAUCAUUGUUAGAUUGUCAUCGAGCCUUUCUCUCUCUUCUCUCUCCCCUCUAUCUCUCUUCCUCUCUCUCUUUUUUCUCUCUCUCUCUCUCUCUCUCUCUCUCUCUCUCUCUCUCUACCCCGGAUAGGAUUCGAGUCAGAUAUGAAUAAAUUAGCUUUUUUACCGUAACGACGCAAAAACAUAUACAAGUGCAUUUAAAAGCUUUAGAAAAAUCUUACAAUUCUUACACUUACGGUCUUCUUCCUCGUUUCCUUCUUCGUUGCUGUACUUUUCCAUUACGUACGACAGGUGUACGUAGUUUUGACCUGAGUAGUAUUAGUAAGAUUUUAAUUUGCUACUGUUGAUGUAAACGAUUGAGUUUAUAACGGAAGAGGAGUUGGUUUUCUCGCCGUUCCAGCGAGAUGAGCCGUGAAAACCAACACCACGGUGAAUGCAAAAGAAACGUAUGCGUCGAACGGAACAACCGAAAUUGGUGCCAUUGCUUAUAAUUUUGGGGUCUUAAUUGAAGUGAUUCUUUUGCUUAGCGACGUACUGUUAUCGUGUAGAAUAAAACGUAAGUACGUAAACCAAAUUAGAACACGAAAUAAAUAAUAUGAAAUAUUUCGUUAUUGUAUCUUCAAGUUGCUAUUAUAAAUAUCUUCUUGUGCGUUAGACUUCUUUUCCAUUGUCAUCGCUCCUUCGUGUCACACGAGAACUAUCCUAAGAACCAAGAUACUUAAGCACGACUGAAACCAUUCAUACUCGAACGAAUUCACGAGUACGGAAUUCAGAAUUGUAAAAGCAAAAGAAACAGAAUUUUUCUUUGACACGGCUUUAGAGUCUCAUGCAUUGUCGUGCGAUCGGUGCACGUUUUCGAUAUACGUAGAAGGAAUAGCAAAACAUAGCGAUCCAGAGUGUGUACGUUUCUUCUGGAUUCCGCAGCAUUGUACGAGGCAUCUUGUUAUUCCCGUUUCUCAUUGUUACACAUUUACCUACCGAGUUAUAUAAAUGAGGUGAAACGGAAAACAGGCACCGCGAAUGAUCGAUGUUUCACGACCUUUUUCCCGAGUCGGAUGAGUUGACAGCGCAUUUAGGAAAGAAGAAAAGGAAAAACAGCAUCUCCGCUUAUUUGCACUAAUACACGAACCACUGUGCUCUAAAAACAAAAAAAAAUUGGAAAAAACGAGCAACUGUGUGUACUCGAUAUUCCGUAUUAGUAAUUCUAUUAUAAUUAUAAUUAUUAUAUUAUUUUGGUUUAUAUAUCCGUAGAAACGUCAAUAUACCAGUGUUUACAGUAA